UGGAGAUCCCGCAUUUGAAGCUCAACUGUCGGCAGCUGUGACCGGAUAACCCAUAAACCAUAAACCCCAAAAAACUAAUUACCAAAAUCAAUCGUGUGACACAGCGUGUCGGCGGCAAGGACUCUACCUCAAAGCACAUCAGAUUCCAUUUGUUUCCCAUGAUUGAUGUGAAAACUUGAGUAAAAGAACUGGAAAUUAAAGUGUUUAAAAUGUUUGUGGAAAAAGUGCUGGAACGCGCCACAAAGUGGGAGCUAUGCUCAGUCCUGGCCCUGCUGGUCAUCAGCCUGAGCAUCUACACAUUCUAUGCCCAUCUGGAGACGUAUUUGCGAUCGGUGCUGCUGUCGCUGCGACUGUCGGGACCGCCAACGUUGCCCAUUCUGGGCAAUUGUCUGCUCAUCAAGGACAAGGAUUUGAUGAGAAAUCAAGCAGCCAAGGCCUUCGAUCUGUAUGGUUCCCUCGUGCGCAUUUGGGUGCUCUUCUUUCCCUUUUUUGUGGUGCUGCAGCCGGAGGAUCUGCAGGUCAUACUCUCCUCGCAGAAGCACACCAACAAAGUCUUCAUCUACCAGCUGAUGCACAAUUUCCUCGGGGACGGCCUCAUAACCAGCAGCGGCCUCAAGUGGAGCACCCAUCGCAGGCUCAUCCAGCCUGCAUUCCAUCUGAGUUUGUUGGAGAAGUUCAUUGGAACCUUUGUGGAUGCCUCGCAGUCGCUGUACGAGUCACUGGGCGCCGCCGCCGUGGGCACCGAGAUCAACAUUGUCAGCAUCGUGAACAACUGCGUGGUGGACAUCUUAAAUGAGGCCGUUCUGGGUGUGCCCAUCAAAAAGAAGGGCCUGGAUCCAAUCAACAUUGAGGAGUCGCCGUUUCGCCAGGGCAAACUGAUGAUACCCACGCGGUUCUCGCAUCCCUGGCUGCUGUUCGAUGGCAUCUACCACUGGACGAAGCUGGCCAACGAUGAGCUAAACCAGAAGAAGCGCCUCCACGACUUCACCCGUCAGAUGAUUAAGCUGCGUCGCGAGAUUCUGGCCAACAUCGGCAACAACAAUGCCGAGCGCAAGUGUCUGCUGGACUACAUGAUCGAGAUAUCCGAGAGUAAUCCCGACUUCACCGAGGAAGACAUUGUCAACGAGGCGUGCACCUUCAUGCUGGCCGGCCAGGACUCUGUGGGUGGCGCUGUGGCCUUUACCAUAUUUUUGUUGGCGCAGAAUGCCGACUGCCAGGAGCAGUGCCACGAGGAGCUGGAGCGCAUCUUCGACUACAGCGAUCGGGCGCCCACCAUGGGCGAUCUGCGUGAGAUGCGUUACCUGGAGAUGUGCAUCAAGGAGGCGCUGCGGCUGUAUCCCACGGUGCCGCUGAUUGCCCGCAAGCUGGGCGAGGAGGUGCGUCUGGCGAAGCACACGCUGCCCGCGGGCAGCAACAUUUUCAUCUGUCCCUAUGCCACCCACCGUCUGACGCACAUCUACCCCGAGCCGGAGAAAUUCAAGCCGGAGCGUUUCUCUACAGAGAACUCCAAGGAUCGCCAUCCGUAUGCCUUUAUCCCAUUCAGCGCCGGGCCGCGCUACUGCAUUGGCAAUCGAUUUGCCAUCAUGGAGAUGAAGACGAUUGUGUCGCGGCUGCUGCGCAGCUUCCAGCUGCUGCCGGUGCCCGGCAAGACCACCUUCGACGUCUCCUAUCGCAUCACACUGCGUGCCUCCGGUGGGCUGUGGGUGCGCCUGAAGCCACGCGAUAAUCCCAUCACGCAGACGCGCGCAGACAGCACAGACAGCUAUGGGUUGUAGGCUGCGAGGUGUUAAUUUUUCGUUACAUUAACUUUAAUUAGUAUGGUAAAUAAGUAGAUAUGUAUAUAAAUCGAUACAAUAAUUUAAAUAUUUAGCUUCCUCCUAGCCUAAGUACAGUGCUUGAACCCGUUUAGUCGGGUUGCCUGAUCUGAUCAGAGAGUUGUGUGGGGUGGACGUGGAUGUGUGUGUAUUAUGUGUGUUUAUGGUGUGGCUGUGGGAUGUGUGAGCUGUGGGUUGAGGGCGCUCUAAACCAGUGUUCGCUAACGCUAAUCGCAAUCGCUAUUCGCAUUCACAUUCAUAUUCGAGUGUUUCGUAGAGUGUUUCUUCUCCUGGGGUUUGUUUUCUGCAAUAAUGUAAUAAAAGUUAUGUUUGUGUCGGCAUUUAAGCGACAUACAUCUA